GGAAGGAACUCGAGGCUCGGCAGCGGCGCCGGCUUCCCCCGAGGGGUCUGUGCGAGGAAAUGAACCUGGAACGCCUCCGGAAGCGGGUGAGGCAGUACAUAGACCAGCAACAGUAUCAAAGUGCUCUGUUUUGGGCAGAUAAAGUAGCUUCAUUGUCUCAUGAAGACCCACAGGAUAUCUAUUGGCUGGCUCAGUGUCUUUACCUCACAGCUCAGUACCACAGGGCAGCACAUGCCCUUAGGUCAAGAAAACUAGAUAAGUUAUAUGAAGCAUGUCGAUACCUUGCUGCUAGAUGUCAUUAUGCUGCAAAAGAAUAUCAACAGGCUCUUGAUAUUCUUGACAUGGAAGAACCGAUCAACAAAAGGCUGUUCGAAAAAUAUUGUAAGGAUGAAAGUGGUCCAAAGGACUCUUCCAGUGACUGGGAGGUUUCACAAUCUUCAAUCAAGAGCUCUAUUUGCCUUUUGCGUGGGAAGAUCUACGAUGCACUUGAUAACAGAACCCUGGCAACAUUCAGCUACAAAGAGGCCUUGAAACUUGAUGUUUACUGCUUCGAAGCAUUUGACCUUUUAACAUCACACCAUAUGCUGACAGCAGAAGAAGAAAAAGAGCUGCUGGAAUCUCUACCUCUAGGAAAACAGUGCACAGAAGACGAAGUAGUAUUGCUACAUUUUCUGUUUGAGAACAAAUUAAAAAAGUAUAAUAAACCCAGUGAAACGUUGAUCCCUGAAUCUGUAGAUGGUCUUCAAGAUAAUCUGGAUGUCGUUGUGUCUUUAGCAGAAAGGCAUUACUAUAACUGCGAUUUCAAGAUGUGCUACAAGCUCACUUCUCUUCUUUUACUAAAGGAUCCAUUCCAUGCCAGUUGUUUACCUGUGCAUAUUGGGACACUUGUGGAGCUGAAUAAAGCAAAUGAACUUUUCUACCUUUCCCAUAAACUGGUGGUGUACCCAAAUAAUCCUGUGUCCUGGUUUGCUGUAGGAUGUUAUUAUCUCAUGGUUGGUCAUAAAAAUGAACACGCCAGAAGAUACCUUAGCAAAGCCACCACCCUUGAGAGAACAUAUGGACCAGCAUGGAUAGCAUAUGGGCACUCAUUCGCAGUUGAAAGUGAGCAUGACCAAGCAAUGGCUGCUUACUUCACUGCAGCCCAGCUGAUGAAAGGCUGUCAUUUGCCAAUGCUGUAUAUUGGGCUGGAGUAUGGCUUGACCAACAACUCAAAAUUAGCUGAGCGGUUUUUCAGCCAAGCUUUAAGUAUUGCACCCGAAGACCCUUUCGUUAUGCAUGAAGUUGGGGUGGUAGCAUUUCAAAAUGGAGACUGGAAAACUGCAGAAAAGUGGUUUCUUGAUGCAUUAGAGAUCAAAGCCAUUGGGAAUGAGGUGACAGUUGACAAGUGGGAACCUUUGUUGAAUACUGGGCAUGUAUGCAGAAAGCUUAAGAAGUACGAAGAAGCUCUCGAAUACCAUCGUCAAGCUCUAGUGUUGAUUCCUCAGAAUGCUUCUACUUAUUCUUCCAUUGGAUACAUUCACAGUCUGAUGGGAAAUUUUGAAAGUGCAAUUGAUUAUUUUCAUACAGCCCUUGGUCUUAGAAGAGAUGAUACAUUUUCAGUGACUAUGCUUGGACAUUGCAUAGAAAUGUAUAUUGGUGAUUCUGAAGCCUACAUUGGAACUGCAAUUAAGGAUAAAUUAAGAUGCUAUGACUUUGAUGUGCAUACUAUGAAGACAUUAAAGAACAUUAUUUCACCUGCGUGGGAUGUAUUGGAAUUUGAUAUAGAAAGGCAAACCUUAGAAGAAAGUAGUAUCAUGGCAGUGGAAGCACCACAUCAGAGGAGAACUACGGAAGCACCCCCUCCAUUAGAUGAAACCUUUGAAAUUGAAAUGAAUGAAAGUGAUAUGAUGUUAGAAACAUCAAUGUCAGAUCACAGUACUUGACUUUAAAAUGCUAGAAUAGAUUCAUCAUCGUGUAAUGCGCAUUUUUGUCACCUCAUGCCUUCUUCAACUGCUGUUGACAUCAAAGAACUGCCCACGACUGUGACAGUGUGACAAUGUGUUUGUUAAUACUAAUUUUAUUAUGCAAAAUAAUCAUAUGUAUUUUUAAACUCUUCACUGCAUUCUGUGAUUUCUCUUACUAGAAAAGACUGUGAAUGUUGAAAAAUAUUUAGUUUACAACAUGUUUGUUUCUGUGUCCAAGAGCUGGUGAAUUCCUGCCUUCGCUUUCUAACUUUCUUUAUUUCCAUGUUAAAUAUGUGUCAUAACAACCCCCUGCAAAAUUGACGAUUUGAUACUAUAUUUUAUUCUUUAAACCAGAAUUAAAGUUUUCAUUGCUUUGUUUGACUCAUACA